CCUGACGACACGAAUGGUGAGCGAGGAAUCACAUAUAAGACACCAAAAGCUGCUUUAGGAAUUAGCUUAUUCAUUUUCAACCAGGUCGCGUUUGGGGGCGGGGCCUGGACCAUGGGCGACUCGGAGCCUCAGAUCACCGCCAAUUACCGCUUCAGGAAAAUUUUUGAAUUUCUUCGCUCGGACAUCUUCAUCAUCAUCGCAGUGGUGCUGGUCGUAGUAUUUCUGGCUGUUUCGGUCUUCUGCUGCAUCCACCGGCGGCGCCAGGCCAAGAGGCUCUUAAUGCACAGAUUGACUGAGAUUGUGGUCGUCAGAUCUGGAUCCGAUAGCCAAAAUGGUCGACCCAAGUACUCAUUCAGGAUCAGAACGGAUCAGGACCACGCAACCAAGCUGGUGCAGAUCAUAACGGCUUACCCUGAGAGCGCGCAGUCGGCUCCCACGCUCCAGCGGCAGCGCGCGCCUCAGUCCAGACCAGACCUGGAGGAGCCCGGGCCCAGCGGGCAUGUGGCCUACCGCCAGUGCAGAUCCGCCACCCUGGACACAGCAGGCCCGCGCAAAUGGCCCAGGAACGCUGGGCACGAGGAGCGUCUCAGCGACAGAGAUUCAGCUGAGCGCGUCUCUGCGCCUCUCAUCCUCCUAACUACCGAGGUUCCGCCUCUCUUGUCCUCCAAAGUUCGGCAAAUGGUCACCUACCAUGCUCUCAAGGCCAGCCAAUCAGCACCUGACAUUCUCUCCUAAAUUCGGCCAAUCGGCACGUUAUCCUUCUGAUCUCAACAAAUCGGCACCCCUUCCUCGACCAGAAGUACCGGUUUUAACCAGUGGGGGCAGCAGAGCUUUCUGGAGAUAGUUGCAGGUUCCGUCGCACAAAGGUUCCUUAAUGACAUUGCAAUAAGUAUGUAAUACUAUGUCAGUUCUACAGUAUGAGAGCGAAAGUACAUUACAACUUUGCUGGUUGCCUAUGAGAAUGCAGCAGAAUGAUAGGCUAUAAUGUAACGUCUAACAAUGAGAAAUAUAGGCGAACAGUCUGCUCAUUCGGCUGAAUGGGUAGGCAAAAGCAGCGUCCACCGUUUCGUUCUUGCUGCCGCUGCAGAGCAGCAUCACUGCAUUUCUCCCAACGCAUCCACGGCAGUUUCCAAACGCAACAACCGCUGUUACCUGAAAAAAAAAAAAA